AUGGAUGGAAUCGGAUAUAGCGUAAAAGAAAAGGCUGAGAGAUUAAUCAUAGAGUGUUCAGGUGAAAUAGAUGGCGAGCAUACUGUUGAUGAUACUUUAAAACUGAUGGAGGCUACUAGUCGCUGUUUAAAGCAUGAGACGAGUAGAUAUUUAUCAGCUUCUUGGAAAACAUUUGGAAAGAGACAAGUCCUUGCAGUUCAAUGCGUCAACAACACCAUCACCUUAUUGUCCUCCAAAAGAGUGGAAGAAAACAAAUGGUGUUUUGUCGAGCAAAGAUCUACAGUUGCUCCUCGUGAUUGGAGCGACAGAUUUUACUGGAUCAAAGUAAUGGAGUUUAUGUUGAAGCUAGGGGAUCUAUUGGAUGGACAGGAGAGUAUCACAGAAGAACCGAAGAAGGAAGAAAUUGGGAUAAUCCAAGUUGACAUUGAGGAUACUAUAAGAAGUAGAUUAAAUUAA